CGCCAGAUGUCGGUUGACAAGCUGCAGAAGCCGCGGCCGCACAACCUUCCUUCUCCGUCAGAGCCGCAUCCUGGCCUACCAGGUACUAUACUCGUAGUAGGUACAGUAGGCUGGGAAGCUACCAGGCAAGGCCGGGCAUGUCAACCUGGAAGGCAAGGCAAGAACGAGCACAGGACAACAAAAGCUUGGACCAGGAAAUGUAUUUAGGCCUGAAGAUGUAGAAACUCGACUGAACUUGUGCCGCU